AUGGCCCCUCAGAUUCCUCCACCCCAGACUCCCACCCCGAUCGCAUCAGACUCAUCGACAGUGCGACCCCAUCCGACAGUACAACAGCCAGCCGAAGCUAGCGAGCCACGCCCACCGAAGGAAUCCCAUAGUAGGGUCAAGCGAUUGUCAAGUGUAGUCGAAAAGACUGUGGACAAGCUGAGUAGGAGUGUCAGCGCAAACUCGUCGACAUACAACUCCCCGUCCUCCUCUUCCAAGCGUAUGUUUAGCAUUAGUCGGAAGUCGAGGACAUUGCGGCAGCCGUCAUCUGACGCGGAUUCUACCUCAUCUAGUUCUGCUUCAAAGCCCAAACAUAUUCCUAAUGAAGAUUCUCCCUUCAUAAGACCCCCUUCUCCACCGUUGCGCCCUUCACUUACUGACUCGUUUCGAGGUGACGGAUCCAUGCGUGCGGGCACACAGACGUUGAUUCAAGCGCUCCAGGCUUUGCCAUGGAUGAAUAGCGAUAAUGAAGAAGACAGUACGAAUGAACAAGUGUCAGCCGACUCUGACAGUGAUGAUGAGAGACCUAACGUGGAUCGUCUCUCUUCGUCCAUACAUACUAUACACCGUCCUCUCGCUCGAUCGCACCGGACAAAGCAACAUGUUACAUCCAAUCUUUCCGAUGUACACGCGUCUUCGCAGGAGGAAACUCUGGAAGCCUCUGAAGAAGACCUUGAAAACGAUUUCGAAGAAACGCCUAGACCAACCGAUGAUGUGCCUUCACACUUGAGGAGCUUGAGCAAUGCGCAGACAAUGUCAGGUUCCUCUUCUCCAUUUAACGCAAUGAAAGAUCGCACAGGCAGUAUGGCAACUGUCAGGUUACACAGGCGUGCUCGUCUCGCAGAGAAGCUCAAAGAGAUAUACGAACUCGACGACAUUAAGGAAGUCUGGGCUGGACCAGAUAUUGAAAUCGGGGUCACUCAACAAGAAGGCUCAAAGGACAAAACGUUGGAUCAAACAUUGCACCGCUUUUUUGAUACGCGUGCCUCUUCCAAGGAUCCUUACUUCCCUCAUGGAAUUAUCGAUUUGCGGUAUGCAAUAUCAUGCGACCCUGUGGGCGAAAAAGGUUUUCGGCUACGAACCAAUUCGCGAACAAUAGUAUUAUCAGCUGACUCUGUUCCAAGUCGAGAGGAAUGGGUCAAGGCGAUUCGCAAAGUCAUUUUCAAAGCACAAAACAUGGGAGACAGCGUAAAGAUUGCCAUUCCCUAUUCAGCGAUUUUGGAUGUUGAAAGAUCGACGGCCAUGGACUUUAGCGAAACAAUUGAAGUGAAAGUUAUCGACAAAGAAGACAAUUUUGCCAUUGAUUCCUACUUUUUUGCUUAUUUUCACAAUCUACCUGCGGGCCUUGAACAAAUUCGUGACGCUCUUAGAAGCUACCGCAGUUUUAAUCCACCUGAAAGUGGCCACCUUCCAGCAGUCAUGGACACAACUGUUCACCGAACCCCUCAGAGCCCUGAUCGUCUAUCUGUUACCCCAGCUUCAACGAUAGACUCUCCAUCUAAAGCGUCGCUGUCCGGUUUUCGAUUGUCGUCGAUAUUUCGACCUUUUUCAGAGCCCACAACUAGUAGGAUAGUGUCUUCGCCCGUUGCCACUGACUCCCAGGUCGACGAUUAUACCCACAUAUCUCGCAAGAACGACUCUGGGUCUUUCAUUCCCAUAACUUCGUCUCCAGAACCAAUAAUUUCUAGACAUGGAGGAGCAUCCCCUCCUCUUCAUUCAACGAGGUCUCUACCACCUCCUGACCACACGUACCCACCCUCUACUUCAAGUUCAGCUAUAUAUCCUAAUCAUUCUUCCUUAAACAGGGAGAGCAGCAGUAGUAGUUGGGCAGUUGGGGUUCCGUCGUGGCUUAAAGCUCCUAAGAGAGUAUUUGGCUCAGCUGGGGGGACGGAUUCUGCUGCCGCCGUCAACCCGACGCCUGUUAAAGAAGUUUACUCUUCGUCAUACGUAUCCUCGCCUGGUCCUUUGAGCCGCUCAAGCGGGUUCGACAUGGCAUUCAGCGUCCUUGAGACACCUGAAAUGCUACCAGAUCAGGAGACUACAGAUAAGUUUCGCACGGCGUUUGCCUACGAUGAGAAAGAAACUUUACUAGGCUAUUUUCCUGGUUAUAUCUAUAGAUUACUUCCUGUUCCGGGCAAGUUAUACAUCUCGACCAACUAUUUCUGUUUCAAAUCAAGCGGCCCUUUGGCUGCUCGUACACGGAUGACAUUGCCGUUGCGUGAUAUUUUGGCGUCAGAGAAGUCGAAGGCGACUAGAUUUGGACAUCACGGAUUGAUUAUAAUCGUAAAAGGCCACGAGGAACUUUUUUUUGAAUUCAACGCUGAAGAUAAAAGAGAUACUUUCAUCAACCUUUUAGAACGUCAACUAGAAGAUGUAAGAAACCGUCAGAUAUCAGGAGGGCCACCAUUACGAUCAUCUGGGGAACGAGACGCUUUGCUACUGGAAGAAUUUGAUGCUAAACAAUCCUCAAAUGUCGACGUGGAUUCGAUGCCUCCUACGGACAGUAUGGCAGAUUCUCUUCCCGCUGUCAUGUUCACUUCUGCAUCUUCGACGUUUUUAACAUUCAAACCCAAGAAAUCCCUUCACUUCACAUUUCUGACGAUUGGAUCCCGAGGAGAUGUUCAACCCUACAUAGCCCUAUCCAAAGGAUUAAUGGCCGACGGCCACAGGUGUAGAAUCGCUACUCACGGCGAAUUCCGUGAAUGGAUAGAAUCUCAUAACAUUGAGUUCGGCUAUGUGGGCGGAGAUCCAGCCGAACUUAUGAGGAUAUGUAUCGAAAAUGGGACCUUCACUGUAUCCUUCCUCAAGGAGGGUUUACUGAAGUUCCGUGGCUGGUUAGAUGACCUUCUCAAGACAUCUUGGGAAGCUUGCCAGGGGACCGAUGUUCUCGUUGAAAGCCCUAGUGCAAUGGGUGGUUACCAUAUCGCAGAAGCGCUGGCAAUUCCAUAUUUCCGUGCAUUUACAAUGACAUGGACAAGGACAAGGGCAUACCCUCAUGCCUUUGCAGUCCCUGAACGCAAAAUGGGCGGAAGUUACAAUUACAUGUCUUAUGUCAUGUUUGAUCAAGUGUUUUGGCGCGCUCAAGCUGGGCAAAUCAAUCGUUGGCGUCGAAACCUUCUUCAUCUUGGUCCAACCAGCCUUGACAAAAUGGAACCCCACAAAAUACCCUUUUUGUAUAACUUUAGUCCUCAUGUUGUUCCUCCCCCUUUGGAUUGGCCAGAAUGGAUCCGAGUAACAGGCUACUGGUUUUUGGAUGAUGCAGAUGUUAGCGCCAAAAAAUGGACGCCUCCUACCAGCCUCGUUCAAUUUCUUGACAACGCCCAGAAGACAGGACACAAGGUGGUAUACAUCGGCUUUGGGAGCAUCGUUGUUCCAGAUCCAAAAGCUAUGACACAUUCUGUGAUCGAAGCCGUUUUACGUAGUGGUGUCCACGCAGUCUUAUCUAAAGGCUGGUCAGAUCGGCUACAAAUGAAAAGUGGAGAGGCUUCGGAACCUGAAGAACCAUAUCCUCCAGAAAUAUAUCCUAUUAGCUCAAUUCCUCACGAUUGGUUAUUCCAACGUAUCGAUGCAGCAUGCCAUCAUGGAGGCGCGGGUACCACAGGUGCCAGUUUACGAGCGGGUAUUCCGACAAUCAUUCGACCGUUUUUCGGUGAUCAGUUCUUUUGGGCAGAUCGUGUUGAGGCCCUGGGCGUAGGAAGUGGUGUUCGGAAAUUGACAGUUUCGACGCUCUCUGAUGCACUUAUUUCCGCAACAUCGGAUGCAAAGCAAAUCGCACGUGCGAAGUUGGUUGGCGAACAAAUUAGAUCGGAGGACGGCGUAGCCACCGCUAUGGAGUCGAUAUACCGAGAUUUAGAGUAUGCACGCUCGUUGAUAAAACGGCAGACGCCUGAAGAAGCCCUCGAGGAAGGUGCCGCUGAGGAGUCCACGGUUCGAAAUAUUGAUAAUGUAUCGCCAAGUUCAUUAUCUAGCUCUGCAGGGUCCGUUCAAGGCGCCCCAAGCGAGGACUGGAGUGUCAUCUCUGACCAAGAGGACAAACGCUCCUCCUUAGGGUCAUAUCACAGUGAAAAUCAGUCAGCUCAACGUACGAGUCUUGCUGCUGCAGUUCUGUCUGUUUUACCACAUUCCUUUCCUCCAGGAUCUACCCAGCAAUAA